AUGCCCGACGAGGUUGCGGACCUCGACCCGGCUCCACAGGAAGUUCAGAAAGCGGGCAGUUCGACAGGGUCGGCAAGCGAAAAAGACGGCGGCUCGCUCUACGAGAAUUUUGUUCAAUAUGCGAGGACGGGAGUCGGGGCUGGGAUGCUGAAUACGGCCCCUCCCGUCCCUGUUGCCGUGGUCCCGCAAGUUCCACCAUCUCCUCCCUUCCAAAUGCCCCAGUUCAACCAGAAUUCUCAAUUCAAUCAACAACAACAACAACAGCAGCAGCAGCAACAGCAAAAUCAACAACAGCAACAGCAGCAAAAUCAAGAACAGCAACAGCACAAUCCCGAUGUGACGAAGAUUCAACCGGAUGCGGUGUCAUUUGCCGCUUUGUUGCAACAGAGGACUCGUGGCAAUGCAAAUCAGCAGUGCCCCUGUGUACUUCACCCCCAAUCCGGGCAGUGUAUCGUCUACGACUCCCGGUAUCUGGCUUCGACUGUCGAAGAAGCGAUGCUCUCCUUCCUCGAUUUGUCGGGAGCUGUUAAUGACGCGCCUAUUAUUAAUGGUCGCACUUUCUCUUGUACCACCCAGCAAUGUCUGCAAUGUUUCUCUCUCCUCUACUACAAAUUUAACAAGAUUGGACUCGUGUCGCCAGACUAUGAAUUUGUUACUCGGGUACUCCCAAGAGGACAGCUUGACGAUAGCGCCUGCCCGAGACUGGGAUUUGCUAGGGAACGAAAUGUGAGGCCGCCGCCAACCCCACCCGGCUUUAUUGCGGCUAUGAUUCGAGCUGGACGAGCGUUUUCUGGAACGCUAAGCUCUGUGGCUACAGCUUCCGCUGCAGCGGCUGGUGCUCAUAAUGAAUUAAACCCGGGAGUUCCACAUCCAGAUGGCCAGCCCCGUCAGAAUCAGCAGCAGCAAACGAAUCUGAAUUCGAAUGUUCAAACGCAAUUCUUCCCUAGUCAACUGCGAGCGAAUGGAAGGAAUUUUCAAAACCAAUUCCCACAGCCGCAACGACAGCAGCAGCAGAAUUUCCAGAAUCAGAUACAGCAGCUGAACACGUUCCAACAAGCCCGCCCAAACCAAUUCCAGCAGCAAGCUCAGCAGAAUUUUAUUCAGCAGGCGACUGCAUUCAACAAUGGGCGAGGAGGUUUCCAGAAUCAGCAGCAAUUUGGCAAUGGGCUAAAUUCAGGGUGGAAUAAUCUUCAACAGAACUCCGGAUGGAAUGGUGGACAAGGUGCCUGGAACCAAGGCAACAAUUGGGCCAACCCUGGACAAAACGGCGGCUGGAAUACCGGAAGAGGCCAAGGUCAAUGGCCAUGGGUCCCGCCCCAGCCUGCCCAACCUGUGGUCCAACCUGAACCUCAACCUUCUUGGGGCUGGAAUGGAGGCGGAUUCAAUGGUGGUGGUGGCAGUGGUGGCGGAAAUGAUGAUGAUCACCAUUUGACGAUUGUGCUGCCGUUUAAAGAUGCAAAGCAAAAACGCCAGACACAGUCUGAUGUCAGAUUAGGAGAACGUUUCGAUAUCCACUGCUCAAAGAAGGGAGAGAAUCCAGAUGAUGAUGGGAUGUUGUCACUAUGCGGUUCCUGCUGGAGCAUCCGAAAACUCCCAGCCGAUUACUUCCCCAGAUACGUCAACGAACGAAACUGUAAUAGUGACGAUUUCUGCUUAUCAGGCUGGGGAACUUGUUCUCCUUCCCAUCGACCAGUCGAAGUGCUCCACCUCGUCAACGGCGAGCACAAGCCGGCCACGAUCAAUACGGUACAAUGUUGUGAUUGUAAGGUGAAGCCCGGUUCGAAUAUCCACGCUCUUGUCGUUGGC